GGCUCGGGGCGGCCGGCCUCCUGCCCCAGAGCCCGCGAGCUCUGGUCGGUCUCCGCGCGGCGCUCGGUAAUACUCAUCCUGGCCCCAGGAAGAAACUCAAGAAGAAGCUUUUGAAACAUAAAGAUUAGAUGGGGCUUGACCUCUGCUGGGCAGUCCCCAGCUAUAGGCGUUCCCCUGCUGAGCAGAGAAGAUGACUGCAGAAUUGAGAGAGGCUGUGUCUCUGGCCUCUUGGGGCCCAGUGACAGUGAAAAAGGAGGAGGAAGAGGAGGGAAACUUCCUGGUUCAGGCAUCCAGCCAACAAGUGCACGCUGAGAACAUCAGAGUCUGGGCUCCUGGGGAGGGUCCUCAGACAGGCCUUGAUGUAUCAGAACAGGAGGAAAAGGGUCAGAACAUGUUCUGGGACAUGGCAGUGGUCCUAAAAGCAACACAGGAGGCGCCUGCUUCUUCACUCCUCGGCAGCUACUCAUUUCCAGAGACUCUGGCGAAGAGAGAGAUACUGGAGACUCAUGGGAACAUGACCUCUGUAGGUGCUGAAACCAAGAACCCACAGUUCUUGGUUCCAAAAACUGAGAUAUGUGAUGAAGCAGAAAAAGCCUUCAUAAUAUCAAAACAAAUGCAGAAAGAUGACCCUCAAGGACCUGAGUUAGGAGAAACCUGUGAAAAAGGAAACAUGUUUAAAAGGCAGAGAGUAAAGCGGGAAAAGAAAGAUUUCAGAGAAGUGGCAGUGAAGGAUUGUCACGUACCUGAAAACUUCAAAGAAGAGGAAGACCAGAAAUGUCAGAAAUACGGGGAAAGAUACAGCUUUAGUUCUGGUCCUGCUAAAAAUCAGAAAAGCCAGCCUGGGCAGAAACCUUUCACCUGUAGCGUGUGUGGAAAAGGGUUUAGUCAGAGUGCAAACCUUGUGGUGCAUCAGCGGAUCCACACUGGGGAGAAACCCUUUGAAUGUCACGAGUGUGGGAAGGCCUUCAUUCAGAGUGCAAACCUUGUUGUCCAUCAGCGAAUCCACACUGGACAGAAGCCGUAUGUUUGUUCAAAGUGUGGGAAGGCCUUCACUCAGAGUUCAAAUCUGACUGUCCAUCAAAAAAUCCAUUCCUUAGAAAAAACCUUUAAAUGCAGUGAAUGUGAGAAAGCCUUCAGUUACAGCUCGCAGCUUGCUCGGCACCAGAAAGUGCACAUUACAGAAAAAUGCUAUGAAUGUAAUGAGUGUGGGAAAACAUUUACUCGGAGCUCAAACCUCAUUGUUCACCAGAGGAUCCACACCGGGGAGAAGCCCUUUGCCUGUAAUGAUUGUGGCAAAGCCUUUACCCAGAGUGCAAACCUUAUUGUGCAUCAGCGAAGCCAUACUGGUGAGAAGCCAUAUGAGUGUAAAGAGUGUGGAAAAGCCUUCAGUUGUUUUUCACACCUUAUAGUGCACCAGAGAAUCCACACUGCAGAGAAGCCGUAUGACUGCAGUGAGUGUGGAAAAGCCUUCAGUCAGCUUUCCUGCCUUAUUGUGCACCAGAGGAUUCACAGUGGAGAUCUCCCUUAUGUGUGUAAUGAGUGUGGGAAGGCCUUCACAUGUAGCUCAUACCUGCUUAUUCACCAGAGAAUCCACAAUGGGGAAAAACCUUACACGUGCAAUGAGUGUGGCAAGGCCUUCCGGCAGAGGUCGAGCCUGACCGUGCACCAGAGAACCCACACCGGAGAGAAACCCUACGAAUGUGAGAAGUGUGGUGCGGCUUUCAUUUCCAACUCUCACCUCAUGCGACACCACAGAACCCAUCUUGUUGAGUGAUGAGUAAAGGAAGAGGAAGACCUUGGCAUUGAGCAUAACCUUCCGCCCCCAAAUUAGAUACUUCUUUGCUGUUUACUUCCUCCUUUAUGAAAUGAGGUCUGCUGUGUCUUUAAAAGCUACAGUUUUCAGGGGUACAGCACAAAACAAAAGCAGGCAUUUUCAGAGGCUAAUUUAAAGAAAAUGAAAACUAAGUGCUAAAAGCAAAGCCUUUGUUCUUAACUGUGCCCUCAGUGGUCAUGAUGUCUGAAAUGGAAUGUGGCUGUCUUAGAAAUGGGUCAGACAAAGCUAAGUGAUAAAGAUCCCAUUUGGGGAAAGAUUUUUUACUUAAUUUGUUUUUUAAAACUAGGGAAUUUUUGAGCAACAGGCAGGUUACUGUAUAGGUCUGUCUGGUGGAAUUCUGGAGCUUUGAACCUUGUAUGCUAGUAUUUUGGGCUAAGCAGUGACUAGUUAAGACAACCACUUGGGGUAACAAUUCACCAACAAUUCACCUCUGAGCAUUUGUAAGCUUUCCAUUCCCUCAGUAAUUUUUUUUUUUUUAAACAAAACAAACACAAAGCCAAUGAACUAUCUAAUAUUCCUAAAAUAGAGGUAGGAAACGGCCCUUUCUUUCCUUGUCUCAUGAACCUUGGUAUGCUAAAGCUCGGGGGCCCUCUGACGAGUCUCUUCUGCCUUUCCCCAGUCUGCAUGGCCAAGUACUUGAGGAUGGAUGGAGGUAGCACUCUAGGGCCACAAUGCUUCUGGGCUGUAUAGUUUGCUAAGAUCAACAAUUCUCCAAAUAACCCCUAAUUCCCAUGACAUUCCAUUUGAAUGAGAUUCUACAAACAGCCUCCUCCUUAGAAGAGUCAAAGAAUAAAGCUUGCCUAGAGGCAUGCCCACUUGUCUUUGCUCUCAUUCUACUCAGACCCAGCCAGAGGCUCAGUUUGCGUUUCAAUCUCACUUUCUGAAUUGUCUUUAGAGGAAAUGGGAGAGCUCUUCUAAUUCAGAGAAGAUCAAAGAAAGGAAGGGGAAGGGAGGAGGCAAGCUUGGGAGUCCCAUGGUCUUAAUUUGUCUUAAGAAGUUCAGAGGUAUUGGAAUGUGAAAACUUAGAAGGAUGAAGAAACUGGCUAAGGUAAGAUACCUUUGUUACCAUUGAGCCUUUAUUCCUGGUAAAAUGAUUUAUAAAACUAUGCAAUAGUUAUGUAAUAAUAUUGCCUUGUAUUUAUACAGAUCUUUAUUUUUUGUUUGUUGACCUUCACGUAUAGAAUCAGGAUACCCAGCACUUAUCUCUUGCUUUCACAUAGACCAUGACCUUAACCCUCAUAGCACUGAGAGAGUUGUUUGCCCCUUUUACCUGAGAGUGGUCACACAGCAUUAGGUCAAGCAACACAUGAUAGCCUGUACUCAAAUCUGGGACCAAAAUCCAGGUUCAUUUUGUUCUGUGCUGCUUGUCUAACUACCUGUAGUCCCCACCUAGAUCUGUGGGAGAACCUGAGAAAGGGGUAUGUAGUCUCAUUUUCGGGUGACGAAGCUGAGGUGACAGAUUUUGGGGUGUGCCUUAGGCAGCGUGACCAGCAAGCAGCAAAUGUAAGACUGCAAUUUGAGUAUACUGGUUUUGGGGUCUCUUGCUCCACCCCCACUUUGAGCAUGCAAAUGUAUGGCAUUAUCAUCAAUGAAGUACAGUGUGACUCUCACACGAAGCCCUGUGCUUUUAUUGUCUCAUUUAUACAAAAUUAAAUUUUUAAAAUCUUUUUUAUUUUUAUUUUCUUAAAUUGUUCAUUUUUGUUCAGUGUUUGGUCUACACGACUAAAUACCAAUCAACACAGUUUUUGGUAGUUCACAGAGCCCUUUUACAUACAGAAUCAUUCGUAAGAAGUUCAGUGAUUUUUCUCUUCUUUCACUUUACCCUUCAAAUAUAGUUUAUAAGAAGGCACAUGCAAUUGUUUUGCCCAGUGUCACUCCAUAUCAUAAGAUUCAAAUAGAAUUAAAUUCAAUAGAAUUUUAAAUUCAAUAGAAUUUAAAAAUCAAAUUGCAUGUGCCAUGGCUGACCCUGACAGUGACUAUUCUUGUCCCCAUGUCUGGGAAUGGAGACACCCAAAGAUAAAUCAUGUGCCUCUGCUGAGAUUAGGAACUAGUUAGGUCUGUGUGUUCCCCCCAGCCUCACCCGCAUGUUCAGAGGGCUCAGAAGAGAAGAAGAUCAGGUCUGAAGAUUGGGAUAAAUCUGUGACAGUGACCCACCAAGAGGUCAAACAUACACUCCUGAAAGAGGUCAGCUGGGAUUUGUGACUAACAAGACAAUUUAACUGAGUUUCAUAUUGUGUAUUUGUCCUCCUAAGUGAUGACUGUAUUUUCUUGGCUUAAGACUUCCUUCAUAAAUGAUUCAGAAAAGCUACCCAGGUGAUUGUGACAUAAAGUUAGGUCUGGGAACCAUCACCUCAACAUUGCAGUAAACAGUGCUUUUCCACUUUGGCUGAUUGUUGGAAUUGCCCAGAGCACUUUAGAAAUGUUGCAUUCCCAGACCACAGUAUUUAAAAUUCUGAAGGUGAGUCCAGGAUGCAACCAAGGUAUUGAGCCACUCUAGUCAAACUGUCACACCACCUAUAUUUUUCGUCAGAGGUGAGGGGCUCCGGCUUAAGGUGUGUUCUGUGUGUGCAGAAUGUUCUUGUGGUUUCAGCAAAACAGGACACUUGACGACACUGUGCUGAGUUGUCUUCCAUGCCUCUGCCCACCCUUGGCCGUUAGAAUUAUAUGACCUAACAUUUCUAUUUUAAGUGGAUGUACCAAACAUUUUAUUUAUGAGGAAACCAAUAUACAUACAUACAUUUUACAUAAGACGAUUUUAUAUUCCUCAUUCAACAAACUGACUUUUGACAUUUUUACUUGUAUUUCAUCCCCAGGUUUUCCACAAACUUGCACCCAGGUUCAGGAUCCUUAUCCUGCACAAAUCAUGUGAGCCUAGACAGUUCAUAUCCUUCUCCAGCUAGUAACAACGCUCUCUCCCAAUUGAAUUCCAGCUCUCAAAGUCAGUUGCCACCCACCUUGUUCUGUACAGUUUUUGAUAGAGGAGGAAUGACUACUUGUCAGAGUUGGCUAAAGUUAUCCUUUUUCUUGGGGUAAGUCCCCUCUCUGUUAGCUAGUCUUGAAGUGGAUGGGAAGUCUGAAGCCUCGUUUUCCUCAGUUGCCAAGAGCUAUCAAACUUUUAUUAUGAGGGCCUCCCCGGUGGUGCAGCAGGUUGAGCACAGCGCUGUGAAACUAUCCGCAGCCUCUGCAGCGUGGGUUAGAUUCCCGGCUGGCCAGGGAGAUUCCCAGAUGGUGCAGCAGAGCUCUCCUGCCUUGCCCACUGCUCCCCUCAGCAGCGUCUUCGGUCCAUCUGCCUGUUCUGCUCCCCGCUGUCUCUGGUGAAUCCUCUCACCCUCCUGCACCUCUGGCCUGUACCCCAGCUCUUGUAUAAAACAUAAAUAAAUAAAUCUUAAAAAAAAAACAACAAACUUUUAGUAUGAAAGAACCAGGCCUUGUGAUGGACGCUAAUUGUAAAACCAAGAAGUCUUACCGUCAAAUAAGACCAGCAGAUGUGUAUUAAGUGCUGCACAGCGAUGCAAAAAUGAUAGUAAAAUCAUCAUUUGGGCACACAGGAGAGAGACUGCAUCAACAUACACACACAGUCACAUACACCCUUAACACAGUUGACCGUGAAUUUCUCCAGAUUUAAGAAGGGAGAAAGGGGUGUCUGGGCAAAGCUAAUCCUUCUGUGCUUGGGGUCCUCUCCCUUCCCUUGCACAGGCAGUUGUCCCUCCCUAUACCUGUUGCUUCUCCAGUUGCUCUGCCAUCCAAUGUGCCUAGCCUUUUUGGGGUCACAACCACUUUAAGAAUCUGGUGAGGUUGGGAAGUCUCCCAGAGAAAUGCAGAUUGAAGCAACAGUUUUGUGCUCAUUUGCAGGCUCCCUAAGGCCAAUCCUUGGAUCCUCUAAAACCUGCAUAACUGCCAGUGACUCUUUGUUAAGUGGGGUCACACUGUGGAACCUAGUCUUUUAAAUCUGGCUUUUUCUGGAUUCUCUCCCUGAGCAAAUGGCAGCAUUCUUCCUACCACCGAGACUGGAAAACCAGGAAAUUUUCUGCCUUCUGUAUAUCCUUAAGUCAUUUCAAAAAUGUUUAUUUUAUACCCUCUUUGUGCAGGCCUAGUGUUAGAUCCUGGGUGCCAAAGCAAAUAAGGUCUACCAAAUCCUUUUCUCAUGUUUCUUUUGGGAAAAAAAGUCUGGAUUCCUUAAUGUGAUUUCCUGAGUUCUUCAUAAUCUCUUCCAUCUUCAUCUCUCUACUUCCAUGUAUCUUUCCUGCAGCCUGGAGGCAUGUACUUGCUCUUCCCUAUGCCUUUGCUCUGCUCACACUUUCCUCAUCACUUCUCCCACUCACCCCUGCUACUUUGCCUAGCUUUAGGUUUCUUUUAAGAUUUGCUUCUAGUCCUAUCUGGGAAAUCUCAGACUGCCCUAUGGCCAAGGACAUAUUUACAAGUGUAGCAAAGCACGAUUUACUAGGUAUCAGGAGUUUAACUGUGCUUUGAAGUGAAAAAAAUCUGGAUUUAAAGUUGUCUAUAUAAUACAGUUCCAAUAUAAUGUAUUUGCAUAUACUGUUAAAAACAUACAGGUAAAUCAGAAGUGGAAGAAAAGUAGUUAAGUGACUUGUUCAUAGCUAUACAGUUGGUAAAUUGCAGAGCUUAAACUUAGGUCCUGGGAUAAUGGAAUUAUGGAUGACUAAAAGUUUUUUUCUUUAACAAUAGUUUUUUAUACUUAAUGAUUUGUUCUAACAGUUGGCAAUAAAUGGCAGGAAUGUUAUGACCAUCUAAAUAUUGUCCACUGCAGAUCUAAGUAAGCUAAGCAGAUCUAAGCCUGCUAUAAUUGUAUUUCAUUUUUGGAACAGCAUUUUUUUUUUUAAUGAAAUUUCUAGCUGCCUUUCUUUUCCCCUUUAUACUCUACUUUUAGUACAUCCUUGACUAUUUUCAAAUUCUCCAUCUGAUUAGAUAAUCUGUUGAGUGUCCUGAUUUUCCCUUAUAUAUUUCCUUUCCAGGUAUCUCCUGCCUUCUGCUGUAGUCUGUCCUUGGUGUUAUUUCUGCUGACUGGUCUCUUGUUAUCCUUGGCUCUAUUGUGUCCUCUAUUGUGUCUAUUGUAUCUUCUUCUUUCUUCAUUUACCCCCUCAUUUGUCUGCCGCCUAUCAUUUUCGUCAUCUGUCAAGAAAGAGUAUGUAGACAUAAAAAUUGUUGAGAACUUAUGACUAAGACAAUUUUUUCUGCUUUCACACUUGAUUGGUAAUUGGGCUCUGAAAUUCUAGGUUAAAAAUUAACUCCAGAAACUUUCAGUCUUAUAGCAUCCGCCAUUGCUAAUGAGAUGUCUGAGUCUGAUUUUUAUUUCUCUGACAGUCAAUAAAUACUAUUUACAUUGCUAUGAUGUGUCCCCACACCUCCAUGCCAGGGGGCUUUUAAAAGGCUCGUCUUCAUCUUUGGUGUGCUCCAUUUCUUAAGGUACUCAGUGGAAUUUUUCAAUUCAGUGACUCAGGUACUUCUGCUUUUGACAAUUUUUCCUUUUUUUUACUCUUUCUAGAAUUCUUGUCAAUCAAAUGUUGGACCUUUGGGACUGAUUCUCAACUACUUUAUUCCAUUUCCUUGUUUCAUGCCUCUGUCUGGGCAAGUAUCUUGAUUAUUUUUUGACCUUUCUAACAUUUUUUGACCUUUCUAACAUAUUUUUUGACAGUAGUUUAAUUUCUAAUCCUCUUCUUAUUUUUCCCUUUUUGUGACAUAAUCUCUUUUUAGAGCUACUUUUUAAAUCUUAAUAUUCCAGUUAAGAGGUUUUCUUAAGUUUCUUUUGUUACUUGAAAUAUCCCAUCCCUGAAAUAGCUCAUCCCCCUGUUCUCUGCAUCCUUUUUUCUCUUUGUUACCCUGUUUGCCCUCAUUGGAGACUUUCUCAAACGUGUUAUAAUUCUUACUACUACACAAAUACACAUAUAUGUCUGUGCAUAUCAAAAGCCCAAUUGAGACCUUUGAAUGUAGAAGGAAUUUACCCAAUAAAAAACUUUCUACUAGAGUAGAAGGGAGACCUGAAUGCCAGAACACAGAGAUCUUUUGCCUGGGCCUUAUAUUUCUUUAGCAACAAAUGCCUCUUAUGUUAUGCCUAGAUUUGAAUGCUAUUAUAAGCAUGUUGAUAUCAUUUAGAAAACUAUCCUAAAAUGCAAUACUUUGGCAGUAAUUUAUAUACUUAAUAUUUUUACAAAACAUGGACAACACAAUCUAAGUGACUAGCAGUAGAGGGAUGACUGAAUUAUGAUAUGAUGAAAUACGAUGUAACUACACAAAUCAUUAUUUAAAGAAAAUUUAGUGGUGACAAAAUUUUCACAGUAUUAACAAACAAUACAAAAUAGAGUAUGGAGAGCCCAGAUUUCUAAAAUGUACAUGCACAGAAAAAGUGGAAGUGGGGGGGGGAAGUGGAAGGAAACAAAUGCUUUGGUAGAUUAAUAGAGGUUUGGUUUUCCUGUGUCUGCAUUUUCAAUGAUGGUUCUGAAUUAUUUUCUGACCAGUAGGGGAAAGUUAAUAAAAGAGAAAGACCAUGGCUUGUUGAGAGUGGUAAGAUGUACUGGUGGGUAUGGGAUGAGCAAUGGGGAGCAACAGAAUAAUGGCCUGGGGAAAUACCCAGUUACCAAGGGCUUCAUUCCAGGUGAAGUAGUUCCUUCGAAGACUAGAUGCAGUCCCACUAUUUUCGACAUAUUGCCUGUCAUGGAGCAGGAGUGUGGAGGCUGGGGAGGGGAGAAAGGCAUUCUGGAGAUCACACAGAGUCCAAAAGAGAUUGUGAGAUUAUGAAGCCAGAGCCUGUGCUGCUUUCUCCCAAGGUACUCUCCCCUGCUUCCCCACCCCACACUCCUCAAGUGCCCCUCUUCAUCUCUAAAGGUUAUUUGUUAAAUUGAAAGAACAAUUCUUACAGGUAGCAAAAAGUUCUAAGGUGCAAAAAUACACUAAAAAAUAAGGCGGCCCAGGGUAGCCCAGGCAGCAGUAUUUAGAGAAAACCAUUGUAAGUUUCUCAAGGCUUUCCAGAGAGGGUUCAUCCAUUUACAGUCUUAGGUAUCCCUCUUAAAACAGGAACUUAGAAUCUUACACACUGUCUACACCUUGUUUUUUUUCCUUAGCUUGUUUUAGAGAUGGUCCUAUUAUCAGUCUAUAAGAUCUACCUCAUUCUUUUUUUUUUUUUUUUUUUUUUCACUGCUGGGCAGUAGUUCCAUCCUUUGGAUUUAUCACAGUUCAUCUGGCCGGUGCCCUGUGUAGACUUCUAGGUUCUUUUCUAUCUUUUGCUAUUACAAGCCAUGCCGUGUUGAAUAUCCCUGGUGCACGCCAUCCCUGGUGUGUGUGCUACUUUGCCAGCAGUUUAAUUGAUAAAGGGUAAGUGCAUUUGAUAUUUUGAUAGAAAUUGCAAAUGUGGUUCCCUGUAUGUAUGUGAAAAAUGCCCAUUUACCUGACUCCUCCAUAAAGCAAUUGUUUGGUCAUUUAUGUCCUGAUAAAGUGAAAAACGCUGUUUUAAUUUGCGUUCGAUGUUUUCGAGUGAAACUGGAUAUUGUGUUCAAUGUUUAAAAGCCAUUGUAUUCUGCGAAUCUCUUGUUCAUGUUCGUAAGCCAUUCUUUUCCACCUGUUGGGUCAUUGAUCCUUUUAAAAAUUGAUUUGUACAAACUCUGUAGUAAAGAAACUACCCUUCUUAUCUGCCGUAUGUUUUAAACAUUUUUCCCAGUUUAUAGUUAGUCCAUUAAUUUUUGCUGUUAAGAUAUUUAAGAUGUAAUAAUGUCAAAUCAAAGAUUUGCUUUCAAGACUCACCCAUGAUUGCCUCUAGUCCUUUGAGAUAAGUCCAUUUGAAAUUCAUCUCACAAUAAAGGCGGAGAUGAAUUCUGACCCUGACCCGGCCCUUUCUCUCUGGGGUCCAGAAAGAUCAACCCAGCAGAAGAGCUACAAAGAGACACCUCCGGGCUACCUAGAGCUGCCAAGCAAGUGCCUGCAGCUGACUUCUUCCCGGGGUUGGGUUCGUUGAGUGGUGAGCGGGCGCGCAUUAGCGAGCAGAAGGUCGAGGGUCGCCAGGGCCACCU